CAGAUAAUUUAGUAAACCACAUAAUUAAUUAGAUACAGACAGCUUUCCUAGUUUGGACAGAAAACUAUGGCGUCUUUGGCAACUCUUACUGUAGUUCAGCCCACCACCACAAUCAAGGGCCUAGCUGGUAGCUCCAUUGCUGGAACAAAGCUUCAUGUUAAAUCAUCUCGCCUCAAUUUGAAGCCCUCUAAAUCCAGGGCUGGUGCUGUGGUUGCAAAAUAUGGUGACAAGAGUGUAUAUUUUGACUUGGAGGAUUUGGGCAACACCACUGGUCAGUGGGACUUGUAUGGAUCAGAUGCACCUUCACCCUACAACUCCCUUCAGAGCAAGUUCUUUGAGACAUUUGCUGCUCCUUUCACAAAGAGAGGUCUGUUGCUCAAGUUCUUGAUUUUGGGAGGUGGCUCAACUCUCGCUUACUUCAGUUCAACUGCAUCAGGGGAUAUCCUACCAAUCAAGAAAGGGCCUCAACUUCCACCAAAGCUCGGGCCACGUGGCAAGAUCUAAUUGCUUUUCCAUCCAAAUUUCUUGACCUUCAUUUCGUAAUUGAUGUACUAUCUAUCACAGCUUGUAAGUAUAAAUUGAAGCCUUUCUCAGACCUCUUUUCAACAAGUAAAUCUUCUAGCAAAUUUGAUGCAUUGCUUUCUGACUUUGUAUGAUAUUUUAUUCAUCUUUAACUCAAUGGUUCACCAAUAAAGGAAAUGCUACUGCAAAUUA